AUGUCUAGCCGACAAGACACCCCAGAGAACCCAAAGGACUUCGAGAUACAUGAAGUUGGCAACAAUACUCCUUCCAUCCCAACAGGCGCCAUCCAACAAUCUGCUCGAAAAAGGACUAUCAUUAUUACUCCGGGCUUUAUUCCAACUCAAUCUUACUCCAGGCGAGCCCUCAAAAGCAAUGUCCCACCCAAGCCUAAGACUUGA